GAACGCAAAGGCAGAGAGGUCAGGAGGAGGAGAAACCACGUGUGAUUACCAUGUCCAGCUUUGACUUUCCUUCCUCUGUAGACUUGUUUUUGUAAGAUCGUACCCUCUGCAUGUAGCUGGCUAGCCCGUUAGCUAAAGAAGGAGCGUUUCACAGAUUCAUAUAGCAAUUUUGAACAACGGAUUUCUGUUGCCACUUUUGAGCUAACUAGCUGCCACACUGACAGCCAAAUAAUGGUGAGCAAGACGGAUGACAUCCCGGCGUCAGUACCCAACUGUAAUGUUAACACAGUUGAUCUUGCAGGAGAGACGCCAGACCGCAAAGAGACUACCAAGGCACCACACAAGGACCCUUGUGCUUGUGGUAAGCAACUAGCUAACGUUAGUUACGUAGUUAUCAAGUUUGAUAGCAGAGACUAUCCUGCAAAAUGUUAAAGCUGUAUCGUAAUGCUAGGUAACUAAUGUUAACUAGCUUAGCAGCGGCAUCGGUUGAAAACUAUACAAAAGUGUGCACAUAGUACUGUUAGCUAGCUAACGUUAGCAAGCUAGCUGCACACAUGCAUAGUUAAUUCAAAGUAGUCAUCUCAUCUGUCAAUGAGUUGAUUAGUCUGCUAGCAAACUACCUAAACAUGCAGUAAUGGGCCUCAGGAUUAAACAGUUUUCUAUAACCAAGAUGAGUCAAAUCUCAAUUCAAUCAUGACAGCUAGCUACACCAUCCAUUCAAGCUUGCUUGAGCUGUUGAACUUGCUAACUAGAUAGUAGUUGUGUUGGCUAACUUAACGUUAGCAUGUUGCUAAGUGGUUAGCUCAGGCUAUAUCAAGAGAGUUUGGCUAACAAUUAAAUAACUCUUAGUAUUUAGAUAAUGAGAAGAUUGUAGCCAGAUAAGCUGUUAGCUCACUAGCUGUAUGUCAAAGACACAACCCUUGUUGUAUGGCUGACUUGAUGCAGCUUGUUAACGUUAGCUAGCUAGCUAGCUAGCUUAGAUAUAGUUAGCUUGGGUAGCUAGUAGCAACGCAGCCAGCGGCGAUGCUGGCUUGUUGUAGAAAAAUGGUUGAUAUAAAUGUGAUUAUAGAAAUAGUCGUAUGUGUGUAUCCAGUGUCUUAACAGUGUAGUGCGAGCACCUCACGUCCUGACGCACAUGGGACCACAGCUGUUCUGUACCUGCAUGCAAGAACGAAGGGACUGAAGGUCACCUUCAGUGGAACUGCACAUUUCAAGAGAACAGAGGGGUUCUAAUCGAUGUGAAGUAAUUUCACACGCCGUUUUCUAUCAAUAGAAACGUAUUUGUUUCAGUUAGUCCACCAAAUGUAUGCUAUUGUUGUGACCUAGUAAUAUCGAAGUGACUAGAUCACCAAUGUCCCCGUUAGCUGGCGUGAUACCUUCCCCCCCCCCCUGUUCAGAACUGGAGAGGUUGGCUGUUCCUCGACCGGGAAGCGGAAGCUGGCCCUUUGAGAAAAGUCAUGGUGCAUGCACGGUGAGAGAAGGUUAUACUUGAGACAUUCUGGGUCAUACAACCGGUAAGUGUCGUUUAAACAAACCGAUAUUCAUUGCUCGCCACCGAUCGCUCGCAUCGUAUAAAGUAUUGAUGAUCGAGACAGUCACAUGACGUACUACUGGUAUAGGUUUGCUGAAUGUAUGGCCACUGUUGAAAUUACACAACCUUAUGUAGCCUUCACGACAAUGCCACAGCUUUCAGUGUCACAUUUGACAGGACCUUGAGUUGCAUGCAUAGACGCCUGUAUUGCCACGACUAUAACGUUACACACAAUAUAGUUAGUUCAGCUGUGAAACUUUGGAUAGGUCUCACCAUUGUCACAAUUAUUGAGUGACAACUGUACUUGCAUCUGUAGAGAUUUUCAUUGAUUGUAGGGACUCAUUUUGUCACAGCCAGUGACUGUAAUGUGUAAUAACAUGUAAUUUGUAUCAGAAUACUACUCUUUAUUCCAGGUAUUUGUAGGUAUGUCAUUUUUAAUCAAUUAUUUGCAUUUGCUUAUGCAGCUUAUUAUUUUGAGACAUAAACUUAACGUUUAUGUACCAAUCAAUAUUUGUUGGAAGAUGAGAAGCAUAUUUUUAAUUGGCUAGCCUACACCUAGACUAGAGCUUCGUAUGUGUAGCACGUGCCAUCAUGCUAUCAUGCUUUCUUCUAGUGAAUAUACGUUCAUAUUGAUGGACAAAGUGUUUGUCCAUUAUAGAGCUUUUGUCUGUUGGCAACCUUUGUCAGCUAUUGACAUAUUCAUUCACAACUCCAUAGGUAACAAAUUAUCAUUACCAACAAAAUCAUUAUUGACCCCUAAACCACUUUCCUAUUCUUAUCGGCACUUCAAGAUACUAUCACCUCCUUGAUUAGCUUUCUAAUGAAACUCACCUCUCAUUUAAGAGAAGCCUGCUGGACUGGACAAAUGCCUUAGGCCUAAUUAGAGCCAGUUGGAUAACUACCAAGACACUGAGCUGUGUAUCCUGCAGUACUGACAGUAUUGUGACAGACAGCACAUGGCAGACUGAUGGGGGUUGAGGGUAGCAGGGGGUGAAGGGAUCUGUUAGCGAUUGUAACCUAAGGGGCUUAAAUGCUCCUCAAGGGUGAAGAGGUGACCUUUGUAGUCCUCAGGUCACUGUCCAAACUCUCCACACCCUCCCCUCUAGCCCCCUGUCAUCUCUUGUAACGUUUUACUAAUUUAUAUAUAUCCGAAUAUUUAGGCAAGUUAGCUGGCUAAAUCCUUGAUCCUGCUUUGUAGUUUACCCUGCAGUUCUGAGGUCACAUAUAACAACCCAUUCUAAAACAUAUCAACACGCUUAAGACAGAGGAGUCUGGGCCUCCUGUAGCUCAGUUGGUAGAGCAUGGCGCUUGCAACGCCAGUGUUGUGGGUUCGAUUCCCACGGGGGGCCAGUAUGAAAAAUGUAUGCACUCACUAAAACUGUAAGUCGCUCUGGAUAAGAGCGUCUGCUAAAUGACUAAAAAUGUAAAAAAUGAGUCAUUUGACUGGUUAUGAGACCUCCCUGCAAAGAUAUAUGCAUGACUCUGCAGGAAAGCUUUUCCCUCCCUGCUCUCUAUCAAUCUAUCAAAAGAAGGUUGCCAUCUUGUGGUGUAAUAAAUCUAUCUAUGUUGGGCUUUGUAAAAAAACAACAACCUUGCUCUGUGUCCCCCCCCCAAAUGCUGUCUGUUUGGUUUCUUGUUGCCCUGUAGGCCCACCAUGUCAAGGUCCGCCAUGUCAAGUGGAUGGUGAAUUAAUUAAUCUUUAGUUGAAGCAAGAACAGCGCUCAGUUCGUGGUAAACCUUGAGCAGAGAUAUAACAGCUUACAACAGACAGGGCAGCAUGGAGACUAGUGGCUAGCUCUCUGGAUUAGUAGGCCUAGUGGUCUUUCACAAUUUUGAUUGAAUAAGAGCGUUAGUAGUGAUCAAGACAUUCACACCUCGAGGAAAUGGUGAAAUGAUUCUUGAUCUCUUGUAGCCCGCUUCUUUCUAUUAUUUGCCUGAUUGGUCUCUUUCGUCUUCCUUUCCAUGCUAUCAGACCCUUCCCAUGCUAUCAGGGACCUAACUCUUUGACCAACUGCCCUGAAAGAGCCUUAUCCUGGCGUUAGGAUACGUUUGGUUACUGUACAACCUGAGGAGUGAGGCUAGGAUACUAAUGGUGGCACUGGAUGGGGUGUGUGGGGGUUGUUUUGUCUAACUGGUUUAACUGAAUGCUGGUCUGACUGGAGGCCUUCUGCCCCCUCCCCCCUCAAUGAUUUACAUGUUCAGAAGGAUCAGAGCUGCUUGCUUGGAGGAAAAAUGUUGAUUAUUAUACAUUUCGUCUGGUUAAGGUUGGUCUUGUGGUUGUCACACUCUAUUAAGAUAAAUAUUUCUUAUUUAAAUAGGCAAAGCCUUCAGUUGGAGAAUCUGUAUCUGUAGACACCACCUUACCUUCAGGCUCUGAUCAGACCCUACACCCAAACAAGGGCACUACGUUCAUCCACCUCUGGCCUGCUAGCCCCCCUACCUCUACGGAAGAACAGUUCCCGCUCAGCCCAGUCAAAGCUAUUCGCUGCUCUGGCACCCCAAUGGUGGAACAAGCACCCCCACAACGCCAGGACAGCGGAGUCACUGACCACCUUCCGGAGACACUUGAAACCCUACCUCUUUAAGGAAUACCUGGAAUAGUAUAAAAGUAAUCCUUCUACCCCCCCCUCCCCCACCCCCCCCAUAAAAAAAAAAAUAUAUAUACAAAUAAAGUGGUUGUCCCACUGGCUAUCAUAAGUUGAACGCACCUAUUUGUAAGUCGCUCUGGAUAAGAGCGUCUGCUAAAUUACGUAAAUGUAAAUGUAGGCCUAACUCACCCACCUAGGCCAGAAUAUGCAUGCCAGUAUGACAGAAGUACUGCAGCAGUUUGCAGAUUCUGCUUUCACUUCCCUCCAUAUCUUCAUGCCCUAAUAGACUGCAGCUCUGAAGGGUUUGGCUCUUUGGGAAAAGUUGUAGUGAUAAAAUUGUAAUUUGUUGUGACACCUGCUGCCCUCUUCAUUUACAUUUUAGUCAUUUAGCAGACGCUCUUAUCCAGAGCGACUUACAGUUAGUGAGUGCAUACAUUUUGUUCAUACAUUUUUCAUCCGUGAAUUGUGACCAACGACAUUAAUCUCUCCUGUCUACACUACACACAGUGACAUGAAGGCUCAACCUCAACAAGUUUAGUUAGGCUCUAAGUUUUGAGUAAUGCAGAAGGUUGUGUAAUAUUGGACCCCUACCCUAUCACCUGACCCCUCGUGCUCUGUUCCGCUGCUGUUGGGCCAAGUGGGUCUGUUUUGCAAUUAUUAGGCUACAUGUUUGCUUCAGCUUUCGGAAUACUGUCUGGCACUUUGCCUUGCUACUGGCUCUUUUGUACCCUUACCUUCUCAGUGCUGAUUGGAUAUCAUUGGCAGCCGGUAUUCAUAUACACCAUUAUUUGCAGGCAUUUCCACUACCUCCUCAAUUCCACUUGAGAAACUAAAACUGUUUAAAUGUUAAUUAAAUUGAUGCGAGUCAAGUACCACAUAUAAUUUUUGUAGGAGCUACAGAAAUAGUCAAACUGAGCUGAAAAGUGCAUCUUGAAUAAAGCAGAGGGCCUUGAAUGACUCCCGCUGUGUGUUUGUGACCACUCUAAGAAAAAUGCAAUCGCUAGGGCAUUGAUGUAAGAAUGAAUGGAGAGAUGAAGAGUGACUUGGACCAGACCAGAAGUAGGGCACCAAAGGGGAGAACCAGAGUAACUGAUGGAACCUUAUAAAAUCUGUCUGCUUCUACAACAGGGCAGGAGGAGCAGUGACUGGAGACACUUGAGGUCACUGUAUCUGUUCCUAAAACACAGUUGAUCCCUUCCUUCACCUCCCUCCCUUCUGACCUACAGAAACAUUAUCCCUUGGCUCCUAUUGUAUGUUCAAGUCUAUUCUCCUUACUCUUUCUUUGUAGUCUGUCUUCUCUCGUAGCAUUGACCAGUUGUUGGUAAAGGCUGUUGUGUUUGCUAUUCAGAGCGUGAUGAGUCUCUUUCAUUCUCGCUUUUUCAUUCCCUCCCCCUCUUUCUCUCCCCCCCUCUCUUUUUCUAUUUCUCUAUCUCUCUCAAUUCAAUUCAAUUUCAAUUUAAGGGCUUUAUUGGCAUGGGAAACGUAUGUUAACAUUGCCAAAGCAAGUGAAGUAGAUAGUAAACAAAAGUGAAAUAAACAAUAAAUAUUAACAGUAAACAUUACAUCUCUCUCUCUCUCUCUCUCUCUCUCUUUUACUGUAGAUUCCCCCUACCCCCACCCCAGCUGUUUCCCCCCCAACCACCCCCUCUAUGUGUUAACCCUGACACUGUGUUACCCUUGACGUUGAACAAGGGCGCGCUGGUUGCAGUUGUCUGGGAGAGAAAACAGCCCCUUCACACUGCAGGCCCCACUAGUUGAUAUUUAUGUAUGUAGCCUUUCCUCUUGGCAACCCAACCCACACCAUUCAAAUUAGUUGUACUUUUUUAUGAAUGUCAAUUCUUUUUAAACUGAGGUAAAUAGGAAACAUGACUGCUACACCUAGAGGUGUUUCCACAGUUACAAUGCCUUGUGCCAGUGAGGCACCUAAUGAGGUCAAGGAGGAUGCACUCAUUCUGUAAGUGGAGAUGGAUACAUACACACAAGGGUGAGGGGAGGAUUUGUGUGGGUGACUCUAUUUUCCUUUCACACUUUCUAGUACAGUUCCUUGUUGUGGACCUUGGGAGUCUGGUGCCCAAUGUGGAGAAGGCCAAAGGCACCAGGCAAACCACUAGCUUUUAUGUUCUGUACAAGAGUCUGAAUGAUGGUUAAGAACUCCAGGUUGAGAGAAGCAGACCAUGGUAACCUGUAUACCCCUGCCUCACAUGGCAAAAGCUGGAGAUCUUGUUUUCUGUGCUAAUUGGAUCCUAUUGUUCUCCUUGGAUCCUAUAAGUCGCCAACUUGGCACUGUAGACAAUGCCCUUUAGGAGUAAUCUAAUCUGACAACACGCACUACUUUGUUUGCUAACUGGAGGCUUAUUAUCCUUAUUAAUUUGGAUAUGUGUCACUCUGCCAUGGCAACGCCCUCUCUACCCAUCUGUCCAAUCAGAUAACAAGCAACAUUGAAUGUCUCCUUCUGUUCAAUCACAGGGCACAGUGCAGACACAGCGGUGAUGAACGGGGGCGGGGCCCACGAUCAUUCGGAGGAGGAGUCCAAGCAGGAUGGGGGUGGUGACACGGACGGUGGAGAGGAUUCUAACGAACAGGAAGUGAUUGUGAUUCAGGAUACAGGUUUCACCGUGAAGAUCCAGGCACCCGGGACGGAGCCUUUUGACCUCCAGGUACAGUACAUACUUAGACAGCCCAACAGCCGGUCCCAAUUUGCUGACCACCCCUUGACCCGCCUAAUCCUUCGAUGUCUGCAGAUCUGUUAGGUGUAAGCAAUAUAGUGGAUGGAAGAUCCACCAGCACACCGCUUAUACCUAUCCAUAGUCUUCAGAUCUGCAAACAUCGAAGGGUUAGGGACAAGGUGGAGAGGUAGGGACCAAAUUGGGACUAGCUGUACGACCAAACACUGUCAGUCUCUAUUGCUAUAAGAUGUUAACCCCCACCCACUCCCCCAGGUUUCACCCCAGGAGAUGGUGCAGGAGAUCCACCAGGUGUUGAUGGACCGUGAGGACACCUGCCAUCGUACCUGUUUCUCCCUGCAGCUGGACGGCAACGUGCUGGAUAACUUUGCUGAGCUCAAAUCCAUCGAGGGCCUGCAGGAGGGCUCCCUGCUCAAAGUAGUGGAAGGUAGGACUUGGUGUUUUGGAUAUGUUCUAAAGUCAACCCCUAGCCCUAGACUUUAUUGAUCUUAAAGCCUAAGGAUUGUAUAGGUGUAAGAUCUCCUCCUAGUUCACUUCCUAUAGUGUCUCCUAGACUGUAGACUGUCCGUAGAUUGCAUAAAUUAUAAUGUAAUGGCUGUCCUCUCUGUAUGCUCUCCCCAGAGCCCUACACAGUGCGUGAGGCCCGUAUCCACGUGCGUCACAUCAGAGACCUGCUGAAAAGCCUGGACCCGUCUGAUGCCUACAACGGAGUGGACUGCAACUCCCUCUCCUUCCUCAGCGUCUUCACCGACGGGGACCUGGGAGGUGUGUGUGUUUGCGUAUCAAUUUGUUUAUUUGCGUGUGUGUUUUGGUGGGUCUGUCAACGAGAAUUGGGGUGAGAGAUAUUUCAGUCGGUAUUCUGAGGUAUCCAGUCGCCUUUGUCCUACAUAUUAAUGUGUAUGUAUGUGUCCUAGGCAGCAGGCUAUACAAAUCUUUGGUCUAGCUGCAUUAGUCUGACCUGUGACCUUGUCUCCUCCUCUGCAGACAGUGGUAAGCGGAAGAAGAAAGGCAGUGAGCUGGAGCAGAUAGACUGUACCCCUCCAGAACACAUCCUGCCUGGCAGCAAAGAGCGCCCCCUGCUGCCCCUCCAGCCACAGAACAAGGACUGGAAGGUAAUAAUUAUGGUAAUUAUGGUGAUUUUAGCAAACACUUUUAUCCAAAGAGACAUACAGUUCGUAGUGGACACAUAUUUCAUAUUUGUGGCCUAUGCAGGAAUCAAAACCCACAACCCUGGUGUUGCCAGCAAGCUAAUCAUGAUCAUUCUAAUGCCGUCUCAGUUACAUGGAUUGUGUAUCUCUGUGAUAUUGUCUGACAGUUCAAAACAUGUCACAUUCUUCAAGAAGUGUGUCCAUUUGUAGUUUACUGGCUUCUGCUCCAACCUUUGAUCUGCUUGUAGGAGCCAUUUUUUAAUAGCUGACUGAUUUGCCAGACUUACUCAAGCCUGGCACUAGUACACUUUUUCCUAGAAUAAGUAAACGUGGUUGUAGAAUAAAGGGUAAGAUUAGUUAAGUAACCAUAAAGUGCAGAUGAAGUAAUCAGUCUAUGACCCUUUUCCAAUAUCCACACUAGCACACCACAAGUCUUAAGUUCCAUUCCAAUGUCCAUAUCUGAUUCCCCUUCUCUCUCUGUAGCCCAUGCAAUGCCUGAAGGUCCUGACUAUGAGUGGCUGGAACCCCCCUCCUGGCAACAGGAAGAUGCAUGGUGAUCUCAUGUACCUGUAUAUGGUGACUGUUGAGGAGAGACACAUCAGUAUCACCGCCUCUACACGUGGCUUCUACCUCAACCAGUGAGUCUGGCUUUCCCUGUUUCUCAUUAGACUUAACGAAUACUGUUUUCACACUACUGAGCUGAGCCAAACGGAGCUGUAUUGUGUUGGCCUGAUUACUGAUUACCAGUUGCUGGAACUGUACUGGAAAGUGAGAAAGGAAAAUAUCAGAGCCAGCACAGUAUGGUUAGGUUUGGCUAGAUGGUGUGAAAAAGUGUCAGAGAGUUGACCAUAAUGAGAGAUGACCAUGGUGUUGUGUUCCAGGUCGACCACCUACACCUUCAACCCCAAGCCAGCCAACCCCAGCUUCCUGAGCCACUCGUUGGUUGAGCUGCUGAGCCAGAUAAGCCCUGCCUUCAAGAAGAACUUCACUGCCCUGCAGAAGAAAAGGUAAGUGGCCUACACUAACCAAAAUGAACUGUGUUUUUUAUUAGUUGCUGUGUAGUGGGGGGAAAACAUAUACUGAUAAGCAUACAAUUAUUAGUCGUUAUCAGAAAUGUAUAUUUUUUCAGAGCUAACAAUAUUAGCCAGGCAGUUUUCUUGAUAAUUCUGGUCAUUACUUCUGAGGAAUACUCCCACUGUGAUACGUGGCUAAUUUGGUUUCUGAUUGCCUGCAGGGUCCAGCGCCAUCCGUUUGAGAGGAUAGCCACGCCUUUCCAGGUGUACAGUUGGACCGCCCCCCAGGUGGACCACACCAUGGACUGUGUCAGAGCUGAAGACGCUUACACCUCUCGUCUGGGCUAUGAGGAACAUAUCCCUGGACAGGUACACACGCUGUACACCUCGUGCCUAGGCUACGAGGAACACAUACAUGGACAUGUCCACACACACCAAUAAUAGUCAGGUUUUUAGAGUCAGUGUAACAUGGGGUCUCUGUGUUAUUUAUUCAGACGCGAGACUGGAAUGAGGAGCUGCAGACAACCAGAGAGCUGGCCCGAAAGAAUCUGCCUGAACGCCUGCUGAGAGAGAGGGCCAUCUUCAAGGUGAGCCAGCCUAGAGCAGUAGUUGAAGCCCAACUCCUUUCCACUCUUCUGUCUCCUGCACUCUUUCUCGCUUAUUUGCUUUCUCCAGUGAGCUUCGGUCAUCGAUUCUCCUCUUGAAACACCCUCCUUUCUGCUCCGUUUCUCUGUUUACGUCUAUAUCCUGUAGUGUGCACAGACUAUUACGCUUCUUUUCAUCCUCUACAUCAGGACUGCCCAACACUGUUGCUGGAGAGCUACAGUCCUGUAGGUUUUUGCUCCAACCCUAAUCUAGCGCACCUGAUUCUAAUAAUUAACAGGUUGAUAAGAUGAAUCAGGUUAGUAACACCUGGGUUUGGAGCGAAGACCUACAGGAGGGUAGCUCUCCAGGAACCGGGUUGGGAAACCCUGCUCUACAUCUUUAAGCAUUUAUUCUCUAACCCUCCUCUCUCCCUCCCCUCUCCCUCUCUCCAGGUCCACAGUGACUUUGCGGCUGCUGCCACUCGUGGUUCCAUGGCGGUGAUCGACGGCAACGUAAUGGCCAUCAACCCUGGCGAGGAGACGCGUAUGCAGAUGUUUAUCUGGAACAACAUCUUCUUCUCCCUGGGCUUCGAUGUCCGCGACCACUACCGUGAGCUGGGCGGGGACGCUGCCGCGCACGCUGCUCCCACCAACGACCUCAACGGUGUCCGGGCUUACGGGGCCGUAGACGUGGAGGGACUGUACACCCUGGGGACAGUGGUGGUGGACUAUCGUGGUUACCGUGUCACGGCCCAGUCGAUCAUCCCUGGUAUUCUGGAGAGAGAGCAGGAGCAGAGCGUUAUCUACGGGUCUAUCGACUUUGGGAAGACAGUGGUGUCUCAUGGGAAGUACCUGGAGCUGCUGGAGAGGACCAGUCGACCACUGAAGGUGAGGAGGAGGAUAUCAUGAUGAUAAUGCCAGUUUCAUGCUUUAUUUUUAAAUCUGCUAAUUGUUUGGGAUUUACUUUAUUUGUCAGUACAGAGUAAGCAAACUUAAAUAUGUUUUGUAGAACUGUAUAAUUUGUUGAACUGUUUUUCUUCACUGCACUGGCCUACAGACAUUCAAUGUACAGUUGAAGUUGGAAGUUUACAUGCACCUUAGCCAAAUACAUUUAAAGACAGUUUUUCACAAUUCUUGACAUUUAAUCCUAGUAAAAGUUCCCUGUCUUAGGUCAGUUAGGAUCAACACUUUAUUUUAAGAAUGUGAAAUGUCAGAAUAAUAGUAGAGAUAAUUAUUUAUUUCAGCUUUUAUUUCUUUCAUCACAUUCCCAGUGGGUCAGAAGUUUACAUUCACUCAAUUAGUAUUUGGUAGCAUUGCCUUUAAAUUGUUUAACUUGGGUCAAUCUUUUCGGGUAGCCUUCCACAAGCUUCCCAACAUAGGUUGGGUGAAUUUUGGCCCAUUCCUCCUGACAGAGCUGGUGUAACUGAGUCAGGUUUGUAGGCCUCCUUGCUCGCACACGCUUUUUCAGUUCUGCCCACACAUUUUCUAUAGGAUUGAGGUCAGGGCUUUGUGAUGGCCACUCCAAUACCUUCACUUUGUUGUCCUUAAGCCAUUUUGCCACACCUUGGGGUCAUUGUCCAUUUGGAAGACCCAAUAGCGACCAAGCUUUAACUUCCUGACUGAUGACUUGAGAUGUUGCUUUUAUAUAUCCACAUAAUUUUCCUUCCUCAUGAUGCCAUCUAUUUUGUGAAGUGCACCAGGCCCUCCUGCAGCAAAGUACCCCCACAGCAUGAUGCUGCCACCCCCGUGCUUCACAGUUGGGAUGGUGUUCUUCGGCUUGCAAGCAUCCACCUUUUUCCUCCAAACAUAACGAUGGUCAUUAUGGCCAAACAGUUCUAUUUUUGUUUAAUCAGACCAGAGGACAUUUCUCCAAAAAGUAGGAUCUUUGUCCCCAUGUGCAGUUGCAAACCGUAGUUUGGCUUUUUUCAAUUGUGGUUUUGGAGCCGUGGCUUCUUCCUUGCUGAGCGGCCUUUCAGGUUAUGUCAAUAUAGGACUCGUUUUACUGUGGAUAUAGAUACUUUUGUACCUGUUUCCUCCAGCAUCUUCACAAGGUCCUUUGCUGCUGUUCUGGAAUUGAUUUGCGCUUUUCGCACCAAAGUACGUUUAUCUCUAGGAGACAGAACGCGUCUCCUUCCUGAGCGGUAUGACGGCUGCGUGGUCCCAUGGUGUUUAUACUUGCGUACUAUUGUUUGUACAGAUGAACGUGGUACCUUCAGGCGUUUGGAAAUUGCUCCCAAGGAUGAACCAGACUUGUGGAGGUCUGCAAUUUUUUUUCUGAGUUCUUGGCUGAUUUCUUUUGAUUUUCCCAUGAUGUCAAGCAAAGAGGCACUGAGUUUGAAGGUAGGCCUUGAAAUACAUCCACAAGUACACCUCCAAUUGACUCAAAUUAUGUCAAUUAGCCUAUCAGAAGCUUCUAAAGCCAUGACAUCAUUUUCUGGAAUUUUCCAAGCUGUUUAAAGUCAUAGUCAACUUAGUGUAUGUAAACUUCUGACCCACUGGAAUUGUGAUACAGUGAAAUAAUCUGUCUGUAAACAAUUGUUGGAAAGAUGACUUGUGUCAUGCACAAAGUAGAUGUCCUAACCGACUGGCCAAAACUAUAGUUUGUUAACAAGGAAUUUGUGGACUCCAACCUAUGCGUAUGUAAACUUCCGACUUCAACUGUAUAUCGACUGCCAUGCCACAAAACCUGCCAUACUGUGGUUAUCACAUUCUCUCUUUCAUAAUAUAACUGACUCUCCCACCCCCAGGUCCAGAGGCACGAUGUGCUGAAUGAGAAGGAUGAGUCUGUGGAGCUGUGUUCCUCUGUUGAGUGUAAGGGCAUAAUUGGCAAUGAUGGACGCCACUACAUCCUGGACCUUCUGAGGACCUUCCCCCCCGACCUGAACUUCCUGCCUGUGGAAGGGGAGGAGCUUUCCCCUGAGAGUGUGAGACAGGGUUUCCCCCGCCAGCACCGCCACCGUCUGGCCUGCCUCCGACAGGAGCUCAUCGAGGCCUUCGUCGAGCACAGGUACUGUAGGGUGCUUUAGGGAGGCGUUUUAAUUGUGUAUGUGCCAUGGGUAUAGCAUGGAGACUCUACCUUUUACAUACAUACACAUACAUGUGUUUUGGUGGUUACUUAUGGGCUUCCUUGGUUGUUUGUGUGCCAUCGAUAGGGUACUGAGGCCCUCGGUAUGUCCCUCAAGAUGGUAAUUUGAUGUUCCCUUUAGUGUAUGAUUGGGUCUGUGCACAUUUGAAUGCUCACGUAACUGACUAUGCCCCACCCCCUCAGGGAUAAUAAAGAUUCUGUACUCUACUCCUCAGGUACCUCCUCUUCAUGAAGAUGGCAGCGCUCCAGCUGAUGCAGCAGAAAGCCAACAAGGAGAGCAAGAUGGCCGCCCUGACAGAGAACAGCAGCCCCGAGGCAGCCGUUCCAGCCCUGCCCUCCACAGAGACCCCUGAUGCCUCGGCCGAGUCCUCAGAAACUUCCACAGAAACCCUCACUGACGGCAACUCAGACGCAGCCCAGACGGAGACCACCUCCACCUCUGAUGCCCCUCAGGCAGCAGCAACAGAAGCCACCACCACAGAAGCAGCCCCCAAGGCAGAACCAGCAACAGAAACAGACAGUCUCGCUGCUGCAUCAACAACAACCACUAAUGCCUCCCAGGCAACCCCUACAGAGGAUAAUGUGGUUCCCAUGGUGACCACCAAUGGGCCGUUGUUGCCCAUUGCCACGGCGAUUCAGAACGGGGAGUGCGAGAGCCCUCUGGAGGGUAAGGCUGAGGAUAGUAUCCUGGGCUUAGCCCAGGCCAAAGAGCUGGCUGAGUCCUUAGCCGCGGAAGACGGAUCCGGUAUUGGUAUGUCCAAACCAUUGCAGGGUAGAGAAAGACUGGGGAAAUUCAGUCGGUGGAGAAAUGCUUUUAAAGAAGAGGUCUCUUUAUUUGCAUCAUAGACUUGCAUUUAGAAUGGUGUGUGCGAGAGUGUAUGUGUGGUUUUUCAUCUGUAUGCGAGAGUGUUUAUCCAUGGUUCCGCUAAGAAGACUUCUUAAUGCUGGUGUCUUAGUUGCUUCUCUCCACCUGGCUUAGUGUCCCUGUCCAGUUCUUAGCCUCCUAUGGGGUGAGCAUGGACCCCAGUAACAUCACUAGCAGUGUGGGAUAUAGCAACCCAAUAACCACAGAUCUCUCCAGUUGAUUUCCCAUUGGCUGGUGUGACAAUUAAUCAAAGGGAUUGUGACUUCAGAAAGAAGGAAGGAAUCCUUGGUUGUGUGUGGGAUGGCAGGAGUUGGCUCCUGGUCCUACUGCCUGCUUGACAAUACCUCUAAUGACAAGGUGGUUUGAGGUUAUUUAACUAAGAUCUGCAACAGUGUGGUGGUUUUCAACUCAAAAUGGACUUGCAUGUAGGCAUUGGGCGAAAGAUGAUAGUAGUGCUUUUGGGGAACUUACCCCAUAUCAUUUUGAUUUGAGUUGCCCAGGUAACUUGUUAUAUUGAUAUUCAUUAAACAUCUCUCUCCUCCUCCCCUGAUCUCUCCAACCCCUCCCUGACUUGUCUCCAUCAAGACCCUAAAAGCCGAGAGGUGGUCCUCAACGCCUGCAAGGCUGUGGGUUCCAUCAGCAACACCUCCUUCGACAUCCGCUUCAACCCAGACAUCUUCUCUCCAGGUAGGAAACUGUCACUUUAUGUUGGUGGAUGAUGUAGUGCAUUUAGGAGAGGUUUGGUGUGGCAGCUGGCUCUGCUGUACAGUACUCAUUUUUAUAAUGCAUAGUAUUUUUGGGUAUCGAUUUCUGGUACCUCCAAAGCUCUUCACUGGAAUUGCCAUAUUUCCGCAUUCAUGAAACUAAAGCGUAAUAAAAGACUAUUGCAUGCUAUACUGACACUCAUUCCCCCCCAAAAAUUCUGAUGUCUCUCCCCCAGGAGUGCGUUUCCCUGAGGACAGUGCGGAUGACAUUCAGAAACAGAAGCAGCUGUUGAAGGAUGCUGCAGCCUUCCUGGUGUCCUGUCAGAUCCCAUCUCUGGUAAGUUUCAGGGCAGCAACAUAGUACCACGCACAAGCAGUAAUUACCUUCACUAUAUUACAACAUAUUUACUUACAUCUCUGUAUCACUAGCGUUUGUGUUUGUCUAGCUAUUUGUGGGUGUGUGGGUUGGUGUGUUUGUUUGGUUAUUUGUAUUUUGUUGUGUGUGGUAAUUUCUUACAUUGUAUGUGGUAAUUUAUUUUACUUAUGUCUCUCCCUCCAGGUGAAGGACUGUCUGGACCACAGUGCUCUGCCCAUGGAUGGAGCCACGCUGUCCGAGGCACUGCACCAGAGGGGCAUCAACGUGCGUUACCUAGGCAACGUGCUGGAGUUCGUGGACAAGACCCCAGCCAAGGCACAGCUGGAGCACUUCUAUGUAAGCCUGAACCCCUGACCUCCAUAAGAUCUUGAGGACUGACUGAGGAGAAUUAUAAUGAAGGGCAAUGAUAUCAUUAUGCUAAUAAUGCUAACCUUCUAGACCAGGGGUGUCAAACUCAUUUUAGCUCAGGGGCCACAUGGAGGAAAAUCUAUUCCCAAGUGGGCCGGACCGGAAAAAUCAUGGUAUAUAUAACUUAAAAACAACAACUUCAGAUAGUUUUCUUUGUUUUAAUACGAUCAACAUACAACAUAAAGCUGGAGCCUGAGGACAGUGUGUCCAAAAUAGUACAAGCACAACAUCACUAUUAAUCAUAAAACACGUCAAGUUUAUUUGAAAAUUCUAAAGAAAAUACACACAAACACACAAUGCCUCAGUGAUUCACAGAAGUAUAUCACAGAUCACAGAACUAUAUCAGGGUGUCAUUUCUCAGGCAGAAAUGUAGAUAAAAAUAAUGAAAUCCUGUUCCCCAAACAAGUGCAAGAACCACAGAGUCAAGAAUAGGUUAAAUAUACAAAUAAAAUAAAAACAAUUAAAAACAAUAGCACAUCAACAUAAAAACAUAUAAACAUAAAUCUGAAAGCAUUGCUCAAACUCCCGUAACAGUCCCGUUAUUUUAUCUUUGAACCGCUUCAUGUCUGCCACAUGUUGGGUCGCGCACACAUUUUUCAGACAGGGGAAGUGAGCUGCAUCAUCACCGGCAAGUUGCGUCUCCCACAAUGACAGCUUCAACUUGAAAGAACGUAUGCUGUCAUAAUACUGCGUGACAACUUUGUUGCGCCCUUGCAGCUGUUUGUUCAAGUUAUUCAGGAGCUCUGUAACAUCCACCAUAAAUGCAAGGUCCUGCAUCCAUUCUGCGGAAUGAAAUUCUAACACUGGUUUGCCCUUUUCUUCCAUGAACUGUUCAAUUUCUUCUCGUAAAUCAAAGAAACGCCUCAGCACAGCACCUCGGCUUAAACAUCUUACCUCAGUGUGGUAUGGCAGGCCAUAGAUGUGGUCUUUCUCUCUGAGAAGGCUGUCAAACUGACGGUGAUUCAGGCUUCUGGAUCGGAUGAAAUUAACAGUUUGGAUGACCACCUUCAUGACGUUAUCCAUCUUUAAUGACUUGCAACACAAAGCCUCCUGGUGCAAAAUACAGUGAAAAGUCAAAAAAUCACGUCCUCCAUUUGCAGAUUGCACUUUCUCUCUGAACUUUGUCACAACGCCUGCUUUUUUCCCGAUCAUUGAGGGCGCACCAUCUGUAGCCAGGCUGACAGCGCGGGACCAGUCCACUCAGACCCUGUCCAGCGCGCCGACGAGUGCGGUAAAAAUAUCAGCUGCUGUCGUUGUAUCUGUCAUCGGCACCAACUCCACGAACUCCUCGUGACGGUCAAUGUGUCCUCAACUCCGCGGAUGAAAAUGGCCAGUUGUGCAACAUCUGUAAUGUCCGUGCUUUCAUCAAUUGCAACCGAAAACGCAAUAAAUGACUUUACUUUUUGCUUCAACUGGCUGUCCAAAUCCACUGAAAGAUCGGAAAUCCUGUCUGCAACUGUGUUUCUUGUCAGGCUGAUAUUUGCAAAAGCCUGCCGCUUUUCAGGGCACACAAUCUCCGCUGCCUUCAUCAUGCAUGUUUUUACAAAUUCACCCUCACUAAAUGGUUUUGAAGCCACUGCGAUUUCAUUAGCAAUGAGGUAGCUAGCUUUCACUGCAGCGUCACUGAUGUCUCGGCUGUGAGUAAACACAGACUGCUGUUUCUUCAGACCCGCCAACAGUUCAUUCACCUUCUCUCAUCUCCGCUGUCCUUGAAAGUUGUCAUAUUUGUCGGCAUGAAGACUCACAUAGUGGCGACGAAGGUUAUAUUCUUUCAGCACUGCAACACACCAAACAUACAGCUUUCCCAUUCAAUUCAGUGAAUAAAUAGGAUGACCAUUUUUCUUGGAACACUCUGCACUCUGCGUCCACUUUUCUCUUUUUUGACAGAGACAUAUUGGGGCAAUGAGGGUGCCAAAGCACAUAAUGUUAAAAGUAGAAGCCGUAAUAAAUAUCGCGGGCAAAACAAAGUAGCUCAUUGGCUGCACGUGCUUGACCUACUUGCUCUUCCCCGGUAUAAACAGUUUGCUUGCUUAACUCAAUUGCUAUUGCGCCAUCCAGUGGACGCAAUUGGAACAGCAGUUUAUUUUAUUGAAAAAUUGCAGCGCAUUUUUAUACUUUACAAAAUAAUUUUUUAUUUGUAUUUAUUUUUUUCAAAAUCAUCUCGCGGGCCGGAUUAAACCCGUUUGCGGGCCUGAUCCGGCCCGCGGGCCCGGACGUUUGACACCCCUGUUCUAGACUGUUCUAGACAGAGUGCAGGUCAAUGCAUAAAGAUUAAUCUGCAUUCAGCUUGUUUCCUUUUUCUUAAAUGGUUUCGUAUCUCUUCUGUUCUGAAGAGAAUAGGUAUCAGCGAGUUGAUCACCAGAUGUGCGAAACAUAUCUUCAAGACAUACCUCCAGGUGAGUGCUAUUUUUCAAGCAAUGAUUGUUGUAGAAUUAUGAUGUACUUAGGAUGACACAGAUAUUUGCUAUUUAUUUGUCUCCCUAAGAAAUGGAUUAAAUAUGAGAACAAUAGACUAUGUACUCCGUCUCCCAGGGUGUGGAGUUGUCGGCCCUCUCCGCCGCUGUCAGCCACUUCCUCAACUGCUUCCUGUCCUCCUUCCCCGAUGCCGUGGCACACCUGCCUGCCGACGAGCUUGUAUCGCGCCGCAAGAACCGUAAACGUCGUAACCGCGUCCCGGGGGGAGGGGACAACACGGCGUGGGCCAGCCUGACACCCAGCGAGCUGUGGAAAAACAUAGUCUCUGAGGCCCAGAGCUACUACCACUUCACCCUGCACUGGUGGGUGGGAAUUAGGGUUGAUGUUGGCACAAUAGUAGGCUUGAUGUUAGCACACUAUACUAACAAGCUACCACUUCGGCCUGCACUGGUGAGUGCGCUUGGGUUAAAGUUGGUGUAUGUUUUCCUAAAAACAUGCAUCUUUCUACAGCGAGAAUGCCGACCAGGUAGUGGAGAAAUACGGCCUUCAGAAGAUCACCCUGCUCAGAGAAAUCUCCAUCAAAGCUGGCAUCCAGGUAACUCCCAUCAAUCCCUAUUUAGACUAGGUGCAAUUUUCAACAUAUUGUAUACAUCUGUCCAAUACCUUCAGAUCUACAGAAAUGCCUAGGGAGUAGGGGCCAGGGGUCAAAUUGUACUUCAAAAUUAACGAUGUCACGUUUUUAACCCUCCCCCUCCUAACACGCUUCCUGUGUCUCCUGCCUCCCUGCGUUUCUAGAUCCUGAUAAAGGAGUAUAACUUUGACAGUCGCCACAAGCCUGCCUUCACAGAGGAGGACAUCCUUAACAUCUUCCCUGUGGUGAAGCACGUCAACCCCAAGGCCUCAGAUGCCUUCCACUUCUUCCAGAGUGGACAGGCCAAGGUCCAGCAAGGUGAGGCUACUAGACCUGGAUCAGCAUGGGCCGGAACAGAAUGGGUACUCCUAGUGCUAGAGACAUACAGUACAUACAACACUACUCACACUUAUAAUGCAACUCGCACACACACCUUCUACAGGUCCAGCCAGGUGAGGUGGGUACCAGUCCUGCUAGGCAGGAUCAGCGUGGGUCUUCCUAGUGCUGGAGACAUACAGUACAUGCGACACACACACACACACACACACACACACACCUUCCACUUCUUCCAGAGCGGAUAGGCCAAGGACCAGCAAGGUGAGGUGGAUACCAGUCCUGCUGGGCAGGAUCAGCAUGGGUGCUCCUAGUGCUAACAGAUAUGCAAAUGAAGCUCUACUCACACAUGCAACACACACACACGAAAGCUGAAAAAUGUUUCCUUCCUCCCCAUACAAACCAUGCAAAAGCACUAUUACAUACAAAUAUUCAUGCAACAAUGCAACUCUCUGAACCCAUUCACAUUACUUUCUGUUGCAUUGUACAACGAUUGUGGAAGCCUGAGUUGUUAACCAGGUCUCUGUGCUCUCUGUGUGCAGGUUACCUGAAGGAGGGCUGUGAGUUGAUCAACGAGGCUCUGAACCUGUUCAACAACGUGUACGGGGCCAUGCACGUAGAGAUCUGUGCCUGCCUGCGUCUGCUGGCUCGCCUCAACUACAUCAUGGGAGACCACCACGAGGUAUGCUGCUCUAGACAUAAUACACACACAUUUUAUAUUCUUCUCACACAUGAGAACAAAUGGCCACAGCAAUUCCAGUGAAACAGUCCUGACUCGUCUUCUCUGUCCAUAGGCUCUCAGUAACCAACAGAAGGCUGUCUUGAUGAGUGAGAGAGUGCUGGGCAUUGAGCACCCCAACACUAUCCAGGAAUAUGUACGUAUCCAGGAAAAUUACAGUUUUUCAAAAAUAUGUUCUUGUUUCAUCAUAAAAUGUAUUUCAGUCCAUGUUAACUGUUUCUAAAUGCCUCUGGUUGCUUUCUCCCCCCAGAUGCACUUGGCUCUGUACUGCUUUGCCAAUGGUCAGCUGUCCACUGCCCUGAAGCUGCUAUACCGUGCCCGCUACCUCAUGCUGAUGGUAUGUGGGGAGGACCACCCCGAGAUGGCGCUGCUAGAUGUGAGUGGGCCAUAGUAUUUCAUUUAUUUUCUUUUGAUUGAAACCAUCCUGUGUGUGUAUAUGUCACCACGUUAACGCUGAAGUUAUGUACCAUUUUUGUGUAACCCUUUCAGGUGUGUUUGUGUGUGACCUUUAUUAAAUCAGUUCUCCUUACACCUGUUCUCCCUGUGGUCCCGGGUCUCCUCCUGUAGAGUAACAUUGGCCUGGUGCUGCACGGAGUAAUGGAGUACGACCUGUCUCUGAGGUUCCUGGAGAAUGCCUUGGCCAUCAACUCCAAAUACCACGGACACCGCUCCCUCAAAGUAGCCCUCAGGUAAGUACAAGGGAGAGUUAUUCCUUGAGUGACUGAACAUCUGUUUCAGUAUAUUAACUGAUUUCCUGUUAUAUACUCUAGUUUGUGUUAUCUUCAGUUGAUUUAAUGCAAAUCAAAUGUUCUUCUGCAGUCAUCAUCUGGUUGCGAGGGUUUACGAGAGCAAGGCAGAGUUCCGCUCUGCGCUCCAGCAUGAAAAGGAGGGCUACACCAUCUACAAAAACCAGGUAAGAUCUACAUCUACAGUACACAAAGCUCUACACGUCCUCUCUUCAGAAGUGGCUUAAGAACAUUUGCUGAAAUAAGAAUAUGUCCUAGAUUACCAACAACUGAUAUUAGUUUUUAAGCUUUUUCUUUCUCACUUUCUUUCCCUCCAUCUCCUCUCAGGUGGGAGAGGCCCACGAGAAGACUAAAGAGAGCUCAGAGUACCUGAAGUACCUCACACAGCAGGCUGUGGCUCUGCAGAGAACCAUGAAUGAGAUCUACAAGAAUGGCUCCAACGCCAGCAUCAUGCCACUCAAGGUAUGUGGCUUAGGGCCUAGCUAUGGUUUCAUAUGGGUUUCAAAGGGCCUUGUAUUGUCCCCAGAUGAUAACAUACCUGCGUCUGUAGAUUAUGCUUUCAAAUGUAUUGUGGGUGUUAGUUUCAUAGUACAGUGUGUCAUUUUGUUGGUUUCCACCACUUUUUCCAGUUCACAGCACCCAGUAUGGCGAGUGUUCUAGAGCAGCUCAAUAUCAUCAACGGCAUCAUCUUUAUACCCCUCAGGUAAAGUGAAGUAGCACCUUAUUUUUACAGUUUGAGUUGAAAAUAGAAACCUGUCAGCACCCAGUACUGACCUCUGUGGAAUUCCAUCCCCUCUUAAAAAUAUAAAUGUGUCAGGGCUCAACAUUAACCCCUGUGGUAUCCCAACCCGUUUCCUCUGCAGCCAAAAGGACUUGGAGAACCUGAAGGCAGAGGUCCAGCGGCGGCAGCUGCUUCAGGAGUCAGGGAAGAGUGUGGGGGAGCUCACUGUGGACAGUCCACUAGAGCUAGACGACAAAAUACCCAUGGACGUUAACGUUGAUUAACGUCAAACCCUCCACACCACACUACUUUCUGCAAGGGAGAGGACGUGAUGCAACAGCCAUCUCCUUGAAUGAGCAUGUGGACCCGAGAACUGAGCUGUCUAAAAAAUCUACAAUAAAAACAAAAGGGGUGAGGGAUUGUUCGGGGCAGUCAAAGAGAAACAUCUAUGUAUACAGUAGGUAUAGAGUUUAUAAGAGGAGCUUCAAGGAGUAACACAGCAGGAGUUACAGUAUAUACAGUGGUAGGAGAAUAUAGAAUCCAUGUUAACAUGUUCAAUCUGAAAGCCUGCAGCCUCGAGCUUUGGUAAAGAAACAGAACGAAUGUCAACUUGAUAUCUGCUGCUGUGUAAGUGUGUGUGGCUGUGUGUGAGAGAAGGCGACCAAGGACGACCAUGACAUUGUAUUACCAGAGCCUUAUCCACUGUUCAUCCAACUCCACAUCAACCAACUGUUCCCCCUACCCAAGGACCACUCUUUACCCCUCCAAAACUCCUGAAAGAGCCACUGAGGCAACUAGGGCUUCCAGUUUCACCAUGGCCCCAUUUUGCCUCGAAAUAACUUCUAACACCCUGUCCCAAAACUCAGGGGAUUUUUUUUACUGUGUGCUAGGUGAGAUUAAGAAACAGUCAUUAAAAUUAAGAGAUUUCUCUGUUUUGGGCAACAGAAUGUAAACUCCCUUCUCUUGCGUUUAGUCUUGUUAAUCCUCACCAAUCACCCAUUUACUCUUGAGUGUCCCCAAUGGUCAGUCAAAAACGAUUUGUAUUUCAUGGUUUUAUCCCAGGUGGGUGGCUGCUGUGUUCCUUGGAUCUAUCGCAGCAAAACAGGCUAUGACGCAUGUGAGCUCUCAAUCAAUCUUUUGAUUGUUACACCUUUUUUCAGUAAAAAUUCAUCUUUUUGUAAAAGCAAAAUGGUAAGGGGGGGGGACUACAUUUUUAGGUAUGUCAAUUAUCCAUUCAUUUAAAGGUAGAGUCAGCGAUAUGAUGUAGGUGCACAAAGUAAACGGCGUAGUGGGUCAAUUUCCGCAACAACUAAGAGCGUUGAAGCACGAGGCUAAACUCACCCACUGUUUUGGUCCCGUACCUACCACACUCGAACAGUGUGAAGCGAACCCAUGCACAUGUGCUGAUACUGUGUGGGAGCGAAGU